AUGAAGGCAUUGGAAGCAACCGUUAGAAAAACACAAUUGGUAGCUAGAAAAAGAGCACAUACAAUAUUUGGGACAUAUGGACCAACAACACAAAUUGAUGAAGCUGAGUUUAAUAACAACAACAAAGAAAAAGAAAUAGUGGAAGAAGAUGUUCAACAAGAAAAUGAUGAUGAAGAAUACCAUCCAAUGAAUGGUGAAACAUAUCAUUUAGAAAAAUUUCUAUCAAAUGGAGAUUACUAUACCGGAUAUUGGGUCGAUAAUUUACCUAAUGGACAAGGUAAGUAUUGGUGGACAGAUGGAUGUAUGUACGUAGGCGAUUGGAGUAAAGGUAAAAUGAAAGGUGAAGGUAUAUUUAGUUGGCCUUCUGGUGCAAUGUAUGAAGGUAAUUUCAAGAAUGGUUAUAUGGAUGGUGAAGGUACUUAUACAGCACCAAAUGGUGAUACAUUUAGAGGUUGUUGGUUAAUGGAUUUAAAACAUGGAAAUGGUGUUAAAGAAUAUGCAAAUGGUGAUUGUUAUGAUGGUGAAUGGUGUAGAGGAUUACAAGAAAGUAAUGGUAAGUAUACUUGGAAAAAUGGGAAUUAUUAUGUUGGUGAAUGGGCUAAUGGCACUAUGUGUGGUGAUGGAAAAUUGUAUUGGACAAAUGGUAAUUUGUUUGAAGGGAAUUGGGAAGAUGGAUUGCCUAAAGGGAAAGGUACUUUUCAUUGGGCUGAUGGGAGUUAUUAUAUUGGGAAUUGGAGUAGAGAUCCUGAUGAAUUGAAUGGCACUUUUUAUCCAUCUGAGUCAUUGUUAGAAAGGGGCAAUUUUGAAUGGGAUCCUCAACAAGUUUUCAAUGUUGAUUUGAUGGGAUGUACAAUCUCACCAAAUGAUAAGAUUUCAGUGUUGCCUUCACAGCAGAAACUCGCUGUGAGGAUGUCAUCGUCGAGGCCUGUGGACAACAAUAACAACAGUAGGACGAGGAGGAUGUCGAUAGACGGUUCAGCUGAUAGUGAGUUUAGUAGAAUGCAGUUAUCAGAUGGAGUUGGAACAACAUUAGUUGCUACUACAAGUAAUUCUUGUUCAGAUAUCGACGCGAUGGUUGCUUUGUUGGAAUCUGAUGGAUAUAAAAGUGGGAGUCCUAUUAGGAUUCCUAAGAUUGUCAAAAGGCAAGGAAUCACAAUAUCUAAAGGGCAUAAAAAUUAUGAGCUUAUGCUUAAUUUGCAGUUGGGAAUCAGGCAUACAGUACAAAAGCUUGGCCCUCCUCCAACACUCGAUCUUGAUCCAUCAGCUUUUGAUCCGAAAGAGAAGUACUGGACAAGAUUUCCACCUGAAGGAUCCAAGAGUACGCCACGCCAUCAGUCUUGUGAGUUCAGAUGGAAAGAUUAUUGCCCAAAAGUUUUCAGGGCUCUGAGAACGUUGUUCAAGGUGGAUGCAACGGAGUAUAUGUUGUCUAUUUGUGGCCCCCUUAGAGAGCUAAGCUCUCCGGGAAAAAGUGGAAGUUUUUUUUACUUGACAAAUGAUGAUAGAUAUAUGAUCAAGACAAUGAAAAAGGCAGAAGUAAAGGUACUUUUAAGGAUGCUAAAUGCCUAUUAUGAUCAUUUUCGUGCUUUCGAGAACACCCUUGUGACUAGAUACUAUGGUCUGCAUUGCCUGAAGCUAAAUGGACCAGCUCAAAAGAAGGUACGGUUCGUGAUCAUUGGGAAUCUCUUCUGCACCAAUUACACUAUUCAUAAACGGUUCGACUUGAAAGGAUCAACUUUUGGCAGGAUCACAGAUAAACCAGAAUCAGAAAUUGAUACAACAACUACUCUUAAAGACCUUGAUCUCAACUUCAUAUUCAAGUUACAAAAGUCAUGGUUUGAAGAAUUCCGAAGGCAAGUUGAUAGGGAUUGUGAGCUCUUGGAACAGGAAAGAGUAAUGGACUAUAGUCUUUUAGUUGGUGUAAAUUUUAGGGAAGGAAAUGCUAGUACUGGAUAUCAAACUCCUUCUGGCUGUAGGACGCCUAUCGAAAAUGGAACCACAGAAGCUGAACCAAUUCAUCGGUUUACUAAAUCAGAUGUGGAUCUAUUACUUCUUAAUCCUGCAGGGUUGACAAACACAAGUUUAGGAAUAAACAUGCCUGCAAGAGUUGAAAGGACAUUCAGGAAAAAUGACUUGGAUUUUCAGCUAAUAGGAGAACCAACAGGGGAGUUGUAUGAUGUGACAUUAUUUUUCGGAAUAAUCGAUAUACUUCAAGACUAUGACAUAACCAAAAAGCUUGAACAUGCAUAUAAGUCUAUACAAUGUGAUCCAAAUUCUAUCUCAGCAGUUGAUCCAAUGGCAUACUCGAGGCGUUUUCGCGAUUACAUAUUCAAAGUUUUUGUAGAGGACAAUUAA